CUUGAGCUCGAGCUCUAGAGAGAGAGAGAGAGAGAGAGAGGGGGGGAAGAGAGAGAAGGGUAGUACGCAUACGUACGACAAUGGCGGGGAGGAGGGAGGGGUUGGCGGCGUACCGGGCGCUGCUGCGGGCGACGCGGCGGACGUUCGCCGGAGACAAGCUGAUGCUGGCGGAGUCGGCGGCGGAGAUCCGGCGGCGCUUCGAGGAGGCCUCGCCGGCGCCGGAGGAGGAGGUGCGGCGGCGUCUGGAGGAGGCUCGCGAGGCCGCCCACUUCAUCUCCCACAUGAUCGUCCAGGCCCACCGCUCCCCCUCCGGCACCUUCGUUGUAAAGCCUGGGAAAGAACAUGCUGGAGCAACAUUGGAUAUCCCUUCAGAGGAUGUUCUCUCUAAACCAUCAUAAUAAAGUUUGAAAAUGGCGGAGGUGAUCAUCGUCAACAUUGGUGGGCAAAUAUUUGUUGUAAGUUUUAGUUAGCUAGUGAGUUGUGUCUUUGGAUUUUGGUUAACUAGAGAAGAACAAUAUUUUUGUGCUGGUUUAGAGCUUUCACAAGAAGCCAAUAAACUGAUUCUCUGCGGGUCUGCAAAUUUGGAGUAUCUUUCUAUGAAAUAGCUUGAAAAGAAAAAUAUGAGGCAAUUGAACUUGUAAUAACUGCUCCUUAUUGUUCUUCGUCACGAAUUUUCUGUGCAGUAUUUGAGUUUCAUCCUAUUUUUGCACUCUGA